AUGGACGCCAAACUGUACUUGCAAUCCUUUGGAUGGCUGGAAGGACAACCGUUACGAGAAGGAGGGUUGAGAAAGCCCAUUUUGGUUAAGCACAAAAAAGACACCAAAGGCUUGGGCCAUGACAUGAACCAAGCUGACAUGUGGUGGGAGAAGCUUUUCGAUGGCCAACUCAAGAACCUAGAAGUUGCAAAUGGAUCCAACGGUCCUUCAUUUAAGCAAGACCAGGAGUUGGUGGUCAGGAGCUUGAACAAGUCGUUGUCGCCUUUGUACCGGAUGUUUGUUAAAGGACAAGGGCUUUCCGGCACAGUGGGGAAAACGGAGCACACCAGGGAGAAACAUGUUGUGGACUCCAAAAAGGCAGCGCAAGAUAUGGAGAGCUUGACUUUGGAAAGGAAGAGGCUGCGAAAGCACCAAAAUGGGGGAGACGUGGAAACAGCCACGGCGGAUCUUGAUUCAGCUGACAAGCGCUGUGGCUAUAAGCUACGAAAAGGACAAGAAAAAAACGAUGAUGAACAUAUUGAGAACAAGGACGAUAAGAAGGCCACGUCAGUUAAAAGGAAAGGUAAAAAGAGCGAGGAGAAGCGCAGCAAGAAAGCCGACAAGGACAAACGAAAGAAAGAAAGCGAAAGUACAAAAGUGCUAGAGCCUACGAAUGAAGCUCGUGAAAAGAAAGAUCAAAAGCGCAAAGAGAAGGAGGAGAAGAAGGAGAAGAAGAAGGAGAAGAAGAAGGAUGCGAGAGAAAAGAAGGAGAAGAAGAAGAAGAAGCGGAAAAGUCAAGACUCGGCUGAUGAAGAGCUUCCGAAAAAGAUGAGAAAGAAAGGGUAG